AUGGAUGAGCCUGUGAGAACAUACAUCUAUCAUGUUGCUAUGCUUGUGUUCUCGUCUUUGGGCAUCUUGAUCAACCUAGCCACCGUGUGUGCCAUCUUGUUGAACAGCGCCUUAAGGAGGGAGCAGCAUAUCUUCACUUUCAGUUUGGCUCUUGCGGAUUUUGCUUCAGCUGUCGCCAUGUUCAUCACCAACUUAAACGAUUUUCCCGAGAGCCCGUUUCAAAUAGAGGAACCAUCGUGGAUUGUCUGUCUGUUUACAACUGGUUUGGUCAUAUCGAUACUAAGUACACUCGCCAUCGCCUUCGAGCGUCUCAUCAUCCUUCGCAUUGAUGCUCUCGGAAGCCGUCGCAUCGUCACUGGCAGGCGAUCUGUAGCUGUCUGUAUGGUCAUUUGGAUAAUAGUGCCGGCGAUAUAUUUUUUUCUACUUGGAUUUAACGCAGCUCUAUCAGACAUUCUUCUUUAUUUUAUAUCUCCGUGUAUCACAAUAGCAUCCCUCUUCAUCACGGCCAUAUGUUACAUCCUCAUCUACAAAAAGAUCGCCAUGAUCUCGGAAAACGUCGGACUCAACGACGCAGCGCUCGAGCGACGCGCGAAAAACAGCAAGAAAAUACUCGUGACCUUUGCCCUUGUGGUCGCAAGCACAAGCGCGUGCUGGAUAAUCAUGUGCUGCGUUCUUGUUGUGGAGUAUCUCUCCUUCAUCUAUUAUCAGCUAGAAUUGGAAACUCUUUGGUUCAGGGUGCUAGCCGAUAUUGGCAACGUUUUGGUAAGCAUCAACGGCAUACUUAACCCGGUCAUAAUCUGGUUGCGUCUGACUGUAUUCAGAACACAGCUACGCACUUGCUUUGAGAGACUGAGGUGUCGAAAGGCGCAUGAAUCCCAAAGCUCGUCCCGAGUUACAUUGGAUUCGACUACCGUCACAACAAAUCCAUCAGCAGGCUCUACCAUCAACAUCACCAUGGACGAUAUCAAGGCAAAUUGA